AUGGAGUUGACAAAGGCAAAAAGCAGCGAAAAGAAUCGGUUAAGAGAUAGAAAAGCCAGAUGGAGCCAUCGAGCGAGAGCCGCCGAGCACGGGAAGCGUCGAGUGAGAGAACCGCCAAGCAAGCGAGCCGUCGAGCGAGAGAAGCGUCAAGUGAGAGAGCCGCCAAGCAAGCGAGCCGUCGAGCGAGAGAAGCGUCAAGUGAGAGAGCCGCCAAGCAAGCGAGCCGUCGAGCGAGAGAAGCGUCGAGUGAGAGAGCCGCCAAGCAAGCGAGCCGUCGAGCGAGAGAAGCGUCGAGUGAGAGAGCCGCUAAGCAAGCGAGCCGUCGAGCGAGAGAAGCGUCGAGUGAGAGAGCCGCCAAGCAAGCGAGCCGUCGAGCGAGAGAAGCGUCGAGCGAGAGAGCCGCCAAGCAAGCGAGCCGUCGAGCGAGAGAAGCGUCGAGAGAGAGGGAGAGAGAGAGAGGAAGAGAGGCAGGAGAGAGAGGAAGAGAGAGAGAGAGAGUGA